AUGCAACAAGGCGGCUACAGCGGCUACGACCAGCAACCUGGCGGCUACGGCCAGCAGCCUCAGCAGUACGACCAGCAGCAAGCCGGAUACGGACAGGGAUACGCGCCGCAUCCGCAACAACAGGGAGGUUACGAUCCUCAACAGCAGCAGCAGCAGCCGCAACAACAACAGCAACAGUAUGGCCACCCGCAACAGGGAGGUUACGAUCCUCAACAGGAGCAGUACGGCCAACAGGGAGCAUAUGAUCAAUACAACCAGCCUCAGCAACCUCAAGAGUACGACCAGUACGGCCAACAGGGUGUCUACCAGCCAGGCAUGCAGCCCCAGGAGUGGGAUUUUCACGCGAUGGAGGCCAAGGACGGCGUGCGUUUCUCGUGGAAUUCGUGGCCCUGUACGAAACUGGAACAGACACGCUGUGUCAUGCCUAUUGGCUGCCUCUACCAGCCCUUAAAGCCUAUUGAUGGCAUGCCGCCUGCUGUGGAGUACGACCCUAUUCAUUGCAAGGCCUGUGCUGCCGUGCUCAAUCCUUAUUGUCAAGUGGACUUUGUCUCGAAGCUCUGGGUGUGUCCCUUUUGUGUAACGCGCAACCAUUUUCCUCCACACUAUGCCGAGAACAUUACGCAGGAAAACCUGCCAGCUGAGCUUAUUCCGCAGUACACGACUCUGGAGUACGAGUUGCAGAACCGCCAAGCAGGACCCCCUGUCUUUGUCUUCUGUAUUGACACGUGCGUGCCUGAGGAAGAGCUGGAGGAACUGAAGGAUUCGAUCCAGCAAACACUUAACCAAUUGCCGCCAGAUGCACUUAUCGGUCUCGUCACUUUUGGUACGAUGGUGCACGUGCACGAGCUAGGGUUCCCGGAAGUGCCAAAGUCGCAUGUUUUCCGAGGCAACAAGGACUUCACUGCACAGCAAGUGUUUGACAUGCUGGGCUUGGCUGCGACGCGCAAUCAACGACAGCAGGAGGUACCAGGACAGUUUCAGCAGCCGCAACAGCAAACCAGCAACGCAGCACGUUUCCUGCUUCCGGUGUUUGAAUGCGGCUUUACGCUUGAAUCCAUUUUGGAAGACUUGCAGCGUGACCCUUGGCCUGUUGCAGCCGACCAGCGUCCGCAGCGUUGCACAGGUGUUGCAAUGUCGGUGUGCGUCGGUCUCUUGGAGGCAACAUUCCGCGGCCAAGGAGCUCGUAUCAUGAUGUUUGUAGGUGGGCCUCCAACUAUCGGCCCUGGUGCUAUCGUCAGUCGUGACCGCAAGGAAGACAUUCGCUCGCACACGGACCUGCAGAAGGACAAGGCACCGCUUACAAAGAAGGCGUUGUUGCACUACAACGAUCUAGCAUCCCGCUGUGUGGCUUCUAGUCAUGUGGUGGAUAUCUUCGCGUGCUCCCUCGAUCAGAGCGGUGUGAUGGAAAUGGCAGAUUGUGUGCAAAAGACUGGUGGUGUGAUUGUCCUUGCCGAUUCAUUCGGUCAGUCAGUUUUCCGCGAGUCGUUCCGGCGCAUGUUCAGUAAGUUCUCGGACGAAGCAGCUGACUGCGACAAGGAACAGCUAACAAUGGCAUUUGCAGCCUCGGUGGAGGUGCUUACGAGCCGUGAGUUCAAGGUAGCUGGUGCCAUCGGUCCUUGCGCCCCACUGAAGCGCCAAGGUGCAGCUCCUAAGAACGUCUCUGAGGUGCAGAUUGGCGUAGGCGGCACCAACGCUUGGUCGAUGGGUGGCAUCGAUCCCAACACGACUCUCGCUAUUUACUUUGACAUUUCGAACCAGACCCCGCUGGCGCAUGGCAAGGCUCGCUACAUUCAGAUGAUCACACGUUACCAGCACGCAAGCGGUCGUUACCGUACACGUGUGACCACAAUCUGUGGUCCUUGGACUGUGGAUUCGAACGACACAGCCACGCUCGGUCGCGGUUUUGACCAGGAGGCUGCCGCUGUGAUGUUAGCACGUAUCGCUGUGCAUCGCUCGGAGCAGGGCGAGGAGCAGCUCGAUAUUAUGCGCUGGAUCGACCGGUCACUCAUUCGUUUAGCUUCCCGCUUUGCUGACUACCGCAAGGAUGACCCAUCUUCGUUUCGUUUAUCGCCUGAGUUUGCUAUCUUCCCUCAGUUCAUGUUCCAUCUGCGCCGUUCGCAGUUUUUGACCGUUUUCGGCUACUCACCCGAUGAGAGUUCGUAUUAUCGUCACUGCCUUCUGCGCGAGAGCACGACCAACUCGCUUGUCAUGAUCCAGCCAUCGCUGUUGUCGUACUCGUUCAAUGGUCCCCCCGUGCCGGCGCUGCUGGAUGCUGCGAGUGUCCGAUCUGACACGAUCUUACUAUUGGACUCGUUCUUUUAUGUGGUGGUCUUUCACGGUGAUACAAUUGCUGCGUGGCGUGACCAGAAGUUCCACGAGGAUCCCGCUCAUGAGAAUUUCAAGAACUUGCUGGAAGCGCCACAGGCUGACGCGCAGCUUAUCAUGGACUCGCGCUUUCCUGUUCCGCGUUACGUUGUGUGCGACCAGCAUAAGUCGCAAUCGCGUUUCCUGAUGGCGAAGCUCAACCCAAGUGUCACGCAUAACAGCAUGGAUGGUCAGGGCGAAGUUAUCUUCACGGACGACGUGAGCUUGAAGGUGUUUAUGGAGCACUUGAUGAAUUUGGCCGUGAAGUCGUAG